GGAUCGGCCUCUGCUCCCGGAACCGCUCGCCGGCAGCCGGCGAGGAAGCAUGUCGGCCUCUUCCCGAAGGAAGAGCAGGGGACGGCCGGUCCCUGGCGGCGGUGUCUCCCCGCGGGCCGCCCCGCCCGGGGCCGGGGAGGGCGAGCUGCUGGCGGUGGGCGUCGUGGAGGCCGUGGAGGCAGGAGAUGACAAAGUUCCCAAAAUGUUGCGAAGAGCCCUGGCCCAGCUGUCGCUGAGCAGCAUGAAGUCUGCGCGCCUCUGCAUAGGUCGUCCCGCACUGCUUUCCUCAGCCAGUGGGCGACAGGAGGUCUGUACUGCUUGGCCCACCACAGGCUUUCCAGGUGGGAAAAUUGGUCUGAGUGAAAGCACACGGAAGAACCUGAAGGUACAUCCAGGUGAUGUUGUCACUGUGCAGCCCGUGACGGGUGCUGUCAUCCAGGCAGAGGAAGUCACUGUAAAGCUGAGGGACAGAGAUGCCACCGUUAAUGCUGAGGAAAUGUCUGUCUGUCUACUAAGAAACCUAGAGGGGAAGGUAGUUUUACCAGGAAACCUCUUGGCUUUCACUUUCUAUGGCAAACUGUGUAACAUCGUGGUGAUGAAAGUAAAAGGAACUGAUGGUGCAGAGCUGAUUGCCCAGCACAGUGCCAUUCCCAGUGACAUGCAUGAGCCAGACCUUGAAAGAUCAGAUUUGGAGACAAGUACAUUGGAUUUGUCCUUGCAGUUCAGCAAGAUGGACGUGGAUGCUAGUCCAGAGCUUACAACCAUGAGCACACCAAGCAAAGCAGAGGAUCCCAGUUCACCGGUUACACCCAGUUCUGGUGUGGCAGCCGGUGGUCAAGACUCAGCUCAGGGAGAUGGUGCAGACCUCGCCCAUGACUGGGAGCCUUCUGGAAAAGGAGGCAGCGAGGAACUCCCACUAACUGGCAAUAGUGGAGCAAUAAGCAAUACAGACACUUUUUAUUUCAUUUCUUCAAGAACUAGAAUCAAUUUUAUUGAAACAAGGACCAGUGCAUCAGAAGAUGGUGACUGUGAAUCCCGAGUCACCUAUGAUAUGAUAGGUGGUUUAAGCAGCCAGCUCAGAACUAUUAGAGAAACAGUUGAACUGCCCUUGAAGCAACCUGAACUGUUCAAGAGUUACGGAAUCCCUCCUCCUAGAGGAGUGCUGUUAUAUGGCCCUCCGGGCACGGGGAAGACUAUGAUUGCCAAAGCCAUUGCUAACGAGGUUGGUGCUCACGUUACCGUUAUUAAUGGUCCUGAAAUAAUAAGCAAGUUUUACGGGGAAUCUGAAUCAAGGUUGCGUCAGAUAUUUGCUGAAGCUUCUCUGUGUCGCCCCUCCAUUAUAUUUAUAGAUGAGUUGGAUGCACUCUGUCCAAAGAGAGAAGGAGCUCAGAAUGAAGUAGAAAAAAGAGUUGUUGCUUCAUUGCUGACAUUAAUGGAUGGCAUUGGCUCAGAAGAGAGUGAAGGGCAGGUCCUGGUCCUUGGGGCCACCAACCGUGCCCAUGCCCUGGACGCAGCGCUGCGCCGGCCGGGCCGUUUUGAUAAGGAGAUUGAGAUCGGGAUUCCUGACGCCCGGGGCCGCCUGGACAUUCUCCAGAGGCUCCUCAGGAAGGUGCCCCAUUCCCUCACUGCAGCCCAGCUGGUGAGACUGGCUGACAGUGCACAUGGCUAUGUGGGGGCAGACUUAGCAGCCUUGUGCAAGGAAGCAGGUUUGUAUGCAUUGCGGAGAGCACUGGGGAAAAGCCCAAACCUGUCAGACAAGGAAGUGGCUGGGUCAGUGAUGAUUGCUUUCAAUGACUUCCUGCAGGGGAUGAAUGAUGUCAGGCCCAGUGCCAUGAGGGAGGUGGCAGUUGAUGUGCCAAAAGUAUCUUGGUCAGACAUAGGUGGACUAGAAGACAUCAAGCUUAAGUUGAAGCAGGCAGUUGAAUGGCCUCUCAGACAUCCCGACUCCUUCAUCCGGAUGGGAAUCCAGCCUCCCAAAGGUGUGCUGCUUUAUGGACCUCCUGGCUGCUCAAAAACAAUGAUUGCCAAAGCUUUGGCUCAUGAAAGUGGUCUCAACUUUCUGGCAGUGAAGGGGCCUGAGCUGAUGAAUAAAUAUGUUGGUGAGUCUGAACGAGCAGUGAGAGAGAUCUUUAGGAAAGCCAGAGCUGUAUCUCCUUCAAUUCUUUUCUUUGAUGAAAUAGAUGCCUUGGCAGUUGAAAGGGGAAACUCUUCAGGUGCUGGCAGUGUAUCAGACCGUGUCUUGGCUCAGCUGCUGACGGAAAUGGAUGGGAUGGAGCAGCUGAAGGACGUGACAGUCUUGGCAGCCACCAACAGACCGGACAUGAUAGACAAGGCCUUGCUGAGACCGGGACGAAUAGACAGAAUUAUCUACGUGCCACUGCCAGAUGCAGCCACUCGUGGGGAGAUCUUCAAGCUUCAUUUCCAGUCCAUGCCCAUCAGUGAUGAAGUCUGCCUAGCAGAGCUUGUCCAGCGCACACAGAAAUACUCAGGAGCAGAGAUAACAGCAGUGUGUAGAGAAGCAGCCCUGCUGGCUCUUCAGGAAGACAUAGAUGCCAGGUCUGUGCUGGGGAGGCACUUUGGGACCGCGCUGACUGUCGUGACCCCGAGGAUUCCUGAUUCUUUAAUCCAGUUUUAUGCAGAAUAUCAGCAGCAAAGUGGACUGCAUGCACUCUGAAAGUGGACUCACACUAUUUGAGGUGUGAAUAGCGAAUUUCCUUUGUAAUGCUGUCAAAAACUAAAGAAUUUUGUAUUGUU